AUGAAAAGAACCCUCCCAAACAUAGUCCUAACCGGCACCCCAGGCACAGGCAAAACAACCCACGCCUCCCUCCUAGCCGAGCGCACCCCCCUCCGGCACCUCUCCAUCAACGACGUCGUAAAAGACAAGGGCUGCCACGAGGGCUUCGACGAAGAAUACCAGUCCUGGAUCGUAGACGAGGACAAGCUCCUCGACGCGAUCGAGGAGCAGGUCAAGGAAGGGGGGUGGAUCAUCGACUGGCAUGCCUGCGACCUCUUCCCCAAGAGCUGGGUUGACUUGGUGGUUGUGUUGCGCGCCGGGACGGAGGUGUUGUUUGAUCGGUUGAGUAAACGAAACUACCCCGACCACAAACUCCAAGAAAACCUCGACAGCGAAAUCAUGGACGUCCUCCUCCAAGAAGCCCGCGACAGCUACGACGAGGAGAUCGUCGUCGAGCUCCAGUCCGGCGACGCCGACGAGCUAGAGGCAAAUGUCGAGAGGAUUGAGGCUUGGCUGGAGCAGUGGAAGAAGGAUAAUAACCAAACCUAACUUGUCUUUUCCUUAUCAAAAUUGGAGUUGGGAUGGCAUGGGGAAAUUUGAUGGGUCACAUUUUUCACAUGACGAUUGGUUUUCAGUACCUUAGCUAAGGAAAGUAAGAUUUUCAAAACCAUGAGACACACAUUCUCCCUGA